AUGAAUGGCGGCACCGCCUCCGGCCACUCCAACGAAGUCGUCAGGGACAACUUCAUCCCGGUCUUCGAUGGAAGACCCAACAACAACAAGGAGGACACCUACUGGGAGGACGAGGACAACAACACCUACCCCGAUCAACCCACCGAAGAGGAACAACCACAAGACUUCAACGAAGAGAUCUACUUCGACGAAGACCACGAGUACACCUACGACGAGGACGAAGAGGAGGCCUACGCCACCUACAUCGACGCCCGAAAGAAGCUUGCUGAACAUCGCAGCGCUCGAGGGUACUACCCGGUGAUCGCUCUCACCAACACCAACGCCCUGCCCGUCAGCUCCACCUCAUCAUCUCUACCACCACAUGGCAGCAGAGCUCAGUGCCCACAGAACUCCCAGUCAAACUCCCCGAGCAAGCGGCCGAAACCAGCCAACAGCAUGGUUGCCCAAGAGGAGACCGCCUACCUCGAGGACCACGUCGAUCAGCCCUACAUCACCGGCACGCAGGACGGCGGAGCGUCCAGCGUCCUAUACGGUCAUGACGUCCUGAUGCAGCUCCUCACCAAGCUCUACCACAAGGGCCUCCCCCUCGAGGCCGAACCAACAACAGCAGCAUCUGUGCACCUCCCAGUGUUCACGGCCGGCUACAAAGGCCGCAUCCAGACCUUCAUCGUGGAAGGAGGUACACCCCUCCUCCUCAUCGCACGCCCAGUCCUGGAAGCCCUCAAGGUCAAGAUCGACUAUGCCAAGCAGUCCUGCAGCGUCCUCAAUGAGCCCUGGCAGCCGGCCACAAAAGGGACACUGGGCGAGUACCGACGACGGUAUCGAGGACGCCAUCCACCACGACCUCACCUUCACCUACUCCAGCUCUGCACCCUGGAGGACUACAUCAUGGACACGGGUCGCCCUGGACCCAUCCUGCCUGAAAUCGCCCAACACGUUGAUGGCACUACGCCUGAGAACCUGCCCACCGAUGACGCCCCGGACUUCAACCUCCACGAGGGUGUCACGGAACCGGUACUCGGCGACAUCCCCAACAAAAUCUGGCGCAGCUUUGAUGUUGCUCUUGCAACAUGGCACAACCACGUCAACUUCCACCUCAACCAAGCCACCAAGCACAAGCCGGACGGCAAGAAGGUUUUCUGGGAAGUCUAUGCUUGGGAGGGGAAGCUCUCUCGGGCCAUGGCUGAUCGCGGCUGGAUCGUCCGCACCUUCGACCUCCCGGAGUGGGACUUCACGAAGUCCAACUGCACCAAAGCCUUCUACCAGCUGCUCGAUGAGGAGCUCCCGGAUGCGGUCUGGCUCGCGCCACCCUGCGCACUGAUCGAAGAUGGCGCGAUGGCCGUCCAGUUGAAAGGUGCAGCAGCUCGGCCGGGCGAAGCUCAUGGGCACGAUCAGCGCCUCAACCCGGACGGCAUCCUUCAGAAGAUCCGACACGCUGUCAUCCCUGCGGUGAAGGACUACCAAUGCGAACUCUGCAAUCGCUACGCCAAGCCGGCGCAGACACCGAAAUCCACUACUCGGACCGCCUUCGUGUUCAACCAGCGCCUACAGGCGCACGAGCGCCUGACUCUCCUCGAAAGGAGACACCAAGUACUUCGCCAAGCCAUCGACAUCUUCAUUGCUGAGACCGGACGAGACAGCAUCGAAGGCCUCAAGGACGCCCUCGACUUCACCAUCCCGUCGGGCGUCGGCAUCGGCGGCGAGGAUGGCUUGACUUGCUUUGAGCUGUGGACAUGCAAAAUCGACGAUGUGGUCUCCGAUGAUGAGGAUGUUGACCCGGACCCAAAGCGACCAUCUCCGGACCUCUGUGAACCUCUGGUCGACUACUGGGAGCCUGCUCCUGACGGACUGACCUUCGACCGGGUCCAUCAGUUUCCACGACACCAGCUCUUCUGCCCAUCACCGGACGACCCCGACAUCCCAUACCACCGACUCGGAAGCCUCCGGCACACCGAGAUCUACCGCCUGGCAUCUGACACAGGCCGACCUGCCUCCGAAGCAGAACACCAACCAUUCGACUCGCACUUCGACAUCCAACACCCAUGGAUCGGUCGCACCCGCUUCGUCGUGGUCAACAACAAGGGCGAUGUGACCAUGGGCAACUCACAAGAAACGAUCUCCUACGGCCCCAGCCAUCGCCGUGGCCAACGACCUGGUCCAUAUGAACAACAACCACCCGACAAGACCGCAGACUACUCCUUCAAGGUCGACAUUGUCGACGACACCAGCGACAACAGCAUGCCUCUCCCACCAGGGUGGCACGCUGACGCCUCCGGCCACGUCGUGUUGGACACCAUCCACGACGACUGGACCCUCUCCAAGAAUGGCAGCUACCUCAUCCCCAACCACUACAUCCCUCGGAACACGCUCUACGACCCAAGUGAGGAUGGGAACUGCCCCAUUCCCCUACCCAUGCUCCACAAGUCCCGAACAACUCGCUUCGCAGACGGCCAAUCACGACAAGAUCGUUGGCGCUGCCGCUCCAACCACCUCGACGAGCAAAUCUAUUGGACAGGACGCACCUCCUUCAAGAUUCAGCCGCGAGACCGAGUACGGGCACACGAGCAUUUCUUCAACACGUCAGAAGGUCACCAGACCUAUGCCGGCUCUCCACAACAGCGGAAAAAGGACUCCAAGAACCUCUCCGAGCGCACCAUGAGCCCCGCAGAUCAGCAGAGCUUCAUCGAAACCAAGCGCAAGGAGCUCGCCAGCUUCUUCCAGAACCAGGUGUGGGAGUUCUCAGAUGAGUCAGAAGCUCCGGCACAGCGCAUCUUGCGCGCGCACUUCAUUCUGAAGUGGAGCAAGAACGAGGACGGCAGUCCACGUGCCAAGGCCCGGCUCAUCACGCAGGGAUUCAAAAACCCUGAUGCCCUCAGCGGGAUUGUUGAGCGCACCUCGCCCACCGUGACGAGGCUCACGCGUGGCAUGAUCCUCUCCAUCGCGGCCAACAACGGAUGGGGCACCUUCACGACAGACAUCUCCACCGCAUUUCUCCAAGGACGCGAACAUGCUCUUCACCGCACCUUGUGGGUUCGACUCCCGGCUGACGCACGGAACAUCCUUGGCAUCACCAACUCGCGCAUCCUGAUGCGACUCCGGAAGCCCAUGUACGGCCUGGUUGUAACCACCCGGCCUUUCGGCCCAAUUCGCCACCUGCCCAAAGGGCGGGACUUUCAUCUGAAACCUCGGCCGCGGCCCCGCCAUCAUGGCAUGCGCAGCCUGAGCCACCAGCAGAGCCAGGCCAGUGGAAAACAAGCAGCCCGAUAA